UGCCCGGGGCCAGAAUGCCCGCCUGGGGGAUCCUGCCCCUCACCCUGCCCGCCGUCACCAUCACCGGCAUGUGGAUCGUGUAUGCUAUGGCGCUCUCCAACAACCACAUCUGCCCAGUCCAUAACUGGAGUUAUAACCAGUCCUGUGGCCUGGACGGCCCCAUUUCAUGCUGCACUCUGGAUCACAUUCCUCUGGUCAGCAAGUGUGGCACUUUCCCUCCAGAGAGCUGCUUCUUCAGCCUGAUCUGCAGCCUGGGCUCGUUCAUGGUGAUGCUCGUUGGCCUGCUGAGAUACGCCCAUGUCAUUGAGUGCUGCGGGCCGUCCCUCCUCAACACCCUGGGGCUAGCAGCAGGCUGGAUCUGUGCCGCCGGCCUCACCAUGGUUGGCAACUUUCAGGUGGACUAUGCCAAGGUGCUGCAUUACAUUGGCGCAGGUGUGGCAUUUCCUACCAGCAUGCUCUUUGUGUUCCUGCAGUCGGUUCUGACUUACCGCAUGGCGAAAACCAGGGGCCACUACUGGACCGGUCACUUGCGCAGCAUCCUCUCCGCUCUGGCCUUCAUCACCCUUGUCUUCAGUGGCGUGUUCUUCGUCCAGGAGAGUUUUGUGCUGCAGCACGUGGCCGCCCUGUGCGAAUGGAUUUUCAUCAUAAAUGUCCUUCUCUUCUACGGCACCUUCACUUUUGAGUUCGGAGCCAUCUCCACAGACACGUUCCUGGUGCUUCUGAAAGCCAGCCAGGCUCCCAAGAGCUACAAAUCUGACAGCAGCACAGCCAGCACACCGCACGGCCACAGCCACUCCGAGGGCCUGGCCAUGGUCUGAGGGGACCUGGCCUCUCGUCCCUGGAGAGCUGGGACUGGCAGAUCGGCCAGACCAAAAAUCCAGACAUUGCCAGUGAUUCUCUUGCCUUGAACAUAUCCAGGAACCAAAGUGCCUCCAAUUUGG